GGGGCGGCCGCGCGCAGGCGCUUGGCUGUAGCGCUCUGCUGGGGAAGGGGAGCGGGGAAGCCUUGUGAGCGUACCCCCGGCUGGUGGAGGGCUGCCGUCCCGAAAAAGGCAGCGUGUGCGCCGUAAACCUCAUCGACAGCAUCUGUAGGAAGAGGUCUGAGUGGGACAUGUGUGCUAGCCAUGGGGGACGAGGAAGAGGAAGAUUACAUGUCUGAUUUAUUUAUUAAGGAGGAUGUGAGGCCGGGGGUGCCCAUGGUGCGGCGCGUGAGAGAAGCUCUUCAGAAAGAGGAAAAGCAAAAAGAAGCCAACGAGAAGAACAGGCAGAAGAGCGUGAAGGAAGAAGAGAAAGAGCGACGCGACUUGGUGCUGAGCAGCGCCUUAGGCAACGAGAACAAAGGCUUCGCCUUGCUGCUGAAGAUGGGCUACAAGAGUGGCCAGGCCCUGGGCAAAAGCGGAGAAGGCAUUGUUGAACCUAUUCCUCUGAACAUAAAAACAGGCAGAAGUGGGCUUGGUCAUGAGGAAUUCAAAAAGCGAAAAGCUGAAGAAAAACUAGAAAACUAUAGACAAAAACUCCACAUGAAAAAACAAGCAAAUGAACAAGCUGCAGAUCAAUUCAGAAUAAGAUUCAAAAACAAACAAGAAGAACGUAAGAUGGAAGGAGACCUUCGAAAAAGUCAGAGGGCCUGCCAGCAAUUGGAUAUUCAAAAAGAUAUUGAAGCACCCAAAGAGAUUUGGUAUUGGCUGCAACCUGAAGAGGAAGACCAAAAGGAUGAAGAGAAAGAUGAUGAGUGCACAGGCUCAGACUUAAGUGUAUCAGCAAAGCUACAAAUACUGACUGCUUAUUUAAGAGAAGAACACUUUUAUUGCAUUUGGUGUGGAACAACCUUUGAAGAUGCUGAGGAUUUGUCUUCGAACUGCCCUGGAGACAGUGCUGCAGAUCAUGACUAAAGCCUUUCUAAAGAAAGGAGUUCUAGAUAAGUACGGAUAGUUGCUAUGCUCUGACUUUCUAAGAAAAUUCAGUGCUGUGCCAGAAUUCAUAUAAGAGUAUGCAGAAGAGUAGUAAUUCUGACAGGUUGAUCUUCACAUUUCUGAAGCAUUUCUAUGUUUUUUAUUUCUGGGUGAUGCACUAUUAGAAAUUAAAGAACUUUACAUUUGUUGUUGAGUUACUGUAAAUUCAAGGCAAGUAAGACUUCCACAGUCUUUGUUAACGCUGUCCCCAGUUGAGCAAGAUCAACUGAUAAUAAAAUUGAAAGUUUCACAAAGGA